AUGGCUAAUAUCACAAAAGAUGAAGCCAUAAUCCGCUCCUCAGGCGAAGCCGCCCGCGCCUUCACAGACUGGUACUAUACGCAACUCACGGACGGCAAGCCCAUCACCUCCGCCUACGUUAACUCCAACGCCAAGUAUCUGGCCGCGUCCCACCCGCCGGCAGACAUCUGCAUCAACGGCACCGUGGUGGCCACGCCCGAAGAGUGGGACGCUCUGCUGGAGCAGCAGCGCCUGAUUCCUUUUACCGGCUCCAAGGGAAAAGUCAAGUACGAGGUCGAGGGGUUCGACGUGCACGUUAUCAACAAGGAUUACCGGUUUGCUGCGCCGGCGGAAAUCCAGGCUGCUACCGACGCGAAGCUGAUGCAAAGGACGGAGGACGCACGCCUGAUGAUGGUUGUUACUGUGGCGGGCAGCGUGGUGUUUGGAGGAAAGGAAAAGGGGACGCCGCCGAAGCAGCAUUUCUCGGAUGUCUUUGUGUUGGUGCCCAAUUGGGACUUUGUCACGAGGCCCAAGUUCAAGGGCCACAAGAGGUAUUUGGUUGCUAGUCAUACUUACAGGGCGUACUAG